GUCUUCCACCUAACACAUGACAAUCAUUUCACAUGACUCUCCUACUGUUACUGGUUUAUGAGUUUGCCUAUUCAUUCCUAGUUGAUGAGUAGUGAGAGCUACAUAAAGCAAAGUUCUAAACAAGAACAGUGUACGAGGUGAGAGCUAGAAACCCAGGAUUUAGAAAUAGUUAGAGAUGCCUGAGUUUUGCGUAACAGGGGGUACUGGGUUCAUCGGAUCUUACCUGGUGAAGGCCUUACUUGAGAAGGGUCACACAGUGAGGACCACUGUUAGAAACCCAGAGGAUGUGGAGAAGGUUGGUUUUCUGACCGAACUAAGUGGAGCCAAAGAGCGAUUGAGAAUUUUGAAAGCAGAACUAUUGGUGGAAGGAAGCUUUGACGAGGUAGUGAAAGGAGUUGAUGGUGUCUUUCAUACGGCAUCCCCUGUGCUUGUUCCUUAUGAUGAGAACGUUCAGGAAAAUUUGAUUGAUCCCUGUCUAAAAGGAACCAUAAACGUGCUUAACUCUUGCAUAAAAGCAAAUGUGAAACGUGUUGUUCUCACCUCUUCUUGCUCUUCCAUAAGAUACCGUGAUGAUGUGCAACAAGUGUGUCCUCUUAAUGAAUCUCAUUGGACUGAUCUAGAGUACUGUAGACGCCAUAAUCUGUGGUAUGCAUAUGCAAAGACAAUAGCAGAGAGAGAGGCUUGGAGGAUUGCGAAAGAAAAUGGCAUGGAUCUAGUGGUGGUUAAUCCCUCUUUCGUCGUUGGUCCCAUGCUUGCACCACAGCCAACCAGCACACUGCUCUUGAUACUAAGCAUUGUCAAAGGCAUGAAAGGAGAAUAUCCAAAUACAGCAGUGGGGUUUGUACACAUAAACGAUGUGAUAGCUACUCACUUGUUGGCUAUGGAGGAUCCCAAGACAUCUGGCAGGCUUAUUUGUUCAAGCACAGUAGCUCACUGGUCGCAAAUCAUCGAAAUGCUUCGUGCCAAAUACCCUUCUUAUCCAUAUGAAAAUAGGUGCAGCAGCCAGGAAGGUGAUAAUAACCCGCACAACAUGGACAUCACCAAAAUAUCUCAAUUGGGGUUUCCUCCAUUCAGAACCCUUGAACAAAUGUUUGAUGACUGCAUCAAAAGUUUUCAAGAGAAAGGCUUCCUAUGACAUAAUAAUAGUUGUUGUUACAUUUUAUGUUCGUGUGAGGUGUCAAUGUCACAUGACCCAUAAUAAAGACCAUAAAACCAAACAAAAAUUACUAUAUCUUUUAUGUAUGCUUUAUUUCUUUCUUGUUUCUAGACCUUACACUAUUAGCGUC